AUGGAUGUACGCGCGCGUGUGGAUGGAUGUACGUGCUGGGCUUCUGAACUUAAAUUUAUAGUGAAUGGAACUUUGCAUAAAGUUCCAACCAAUAUACCUGCCGAUACAUCGCUGAAUGUAUAUCUCCGUCAUUAUGCUGGACAGCGCGACGUCAAAGCCAUGUGCCACGAAGGCGGAUGUGGUGCCUGCAUCGUUUCGGUUAAAAAGACACAUCCGAUUACUGAGAAGACUGUCAGCAUGGCAGUUAAUUCGUGUCUGGUUUCGGUAUAUUCUUGCCAUGGAUGGGAAAUAACAACUGUGUCUGGUCUUGGAGACAAAAAGACUGGCUAUCAUACUCUUCAAACGACUUUAGCUAGAUUUCACGGAACACAAUGUGGCUAUUGUAGCCCAGGAAUGGUCAUGAAUAUGCACAGUUUGCUGGAGGAUAAUAGAUACACAACAAUGGCUGAAGUGGAAAAUUCAUUUGGUGGAAAUAUAUGCCGUUGCACUGGUUACAGGCCUAUAAUGGAUGCUUUUAAAUCUUUGGCAUCAGACGCCGAUCCAAGUGUUGCCAAAAAAUUUAUGGAUAUAGAAGACUUGGAUAAAUUAAAACGUUGUUCGAACAACUUGGAUGAAUGUUAUGAUUUUUGCUUUCUUCGUGAUCAAAAAAUUAAAUCAUAUGAUAUCAAAGAUACUACUUGGUAUAAAGUACAGAAAAUUAGAGACAUAUUCCAAAUAAUGUCAAAACAUAAAUCACUAUCUUAUAUGUUGGUGGCCGGAAAUACAGGAAAAGGAGUAUAUAGAAUAAAAGUUCCUCCAAAAGUGUAUAUAGAUGUUAAUGAGGUGAAUGAAUUGAAAGAACAAUCUAUAGAUAAAACCAUAACAUUAGGAGCUAAUAUUAGUUUGACAGAUACCAUGAAAUAUUUAUUGGAAGUAGGCGGAACGGAUGGAUUUGAAUACGUAUUGGAGAUAGUUAAACAUAUUGAUCUGGUGGCUAACGUACCUGUUAGAAACAUGGGGACAUUAGCUGGAAACCUAUCCUUGAAGCAUCAGCAUCCAGAGUUUCCUUCAGACAUAUUUUUGACUCUGGAGACAGUUGGAGCAUUUUUGAAAAUAGUUGAUUCCGCCGGCAUGGAAUUGGAAGUAACGCCUGCUGACUUUUUGAAGUUAGAUAUGCACAAUAAAGUAAUAGUCAGUAUAAUUUUAUCACCGAUUUCUGGAAAUUUUGCCUUUAAAACUUACAAGAUAAUGCCUCGAGCCCAAAACGCUCAUGCUUAUGUAAACGCUGGUUUUUAUGUCAGAUUUGAUAAUUCUACUGGAAAUGUAGAUAACGCAAGAAUUGUUUUUGGCGGCAUAAAUCCUAAUUUUAUUCAUGCUUCAAAAACUGAAAAUUUUCUGAAAGGUGUCAAUAUUUUUGAUAAUGGCGUUUUGAGAAGAGCAUUGGAUACACUGAAUUCGGAGCUAUCCUUAGAUCAUGAGCUGCCUGAUGCUUCACCUGAAUAUAGAAAGAAUUUGGCUCUAUCGUUAUUUUAUAAGUUUGUUUUAAAUAUGUGCCCCGAAAAACUAAAAUCAUCUUUAGUCAUGUCAGGAGGUGAACUUUUGAGUAGACCAUUAUCUUCUGGUCAACAAAAUUAUGAUACAAAUAAAAAUCUAUGGCCGUUGCAACAACCCAUCGGAAAACUGGAGGGAAUUGCUCAAUGUUCCGGAGAAGCAGAAUACAUAUGUGAUAUACCAUCGCAACCCAAUGAGUUGUACGCAUCGUUUGUUUUGGCAAGGAAACCAUUGACUAAGAUUGCUAAUUUAAACGCAAAAGAUGCAUUGGAUUUGGAGGGAGUAAAGGCGUUCUUUAGCGCUAAAGAUAUACCAGGCGUCAACACAUUCACCACCCGCAGAAUGUUGGGCAUGAUCGAGGACGAAGAAGUUUUCUGCAGUGGAAGGGUCCGCUUUUACGGACAGGCAGUGGGCGUCAUAGUUGCCGAAACGCAACAUUUGGCCGAUAAAGCGGCGAGUAUGGUUCAUAUGGAUUACAUACCAGAUGAGGAAGGAAAAAAAAUAUUUGUAGAUGUGAGAGAUAUUUUGAAAAAUGAAAAUACACCGGAAAGAGUGCAAAGAGAUGCUCAUCGUGAAGCAACUAAUAAAGGAACAAACGUUGCCCAUAUGUUCAUCGGAUCUCAGGACAUGGGCAGUCAGUACCAUUACAGCAUGGAGACGCACGCAGUGGUGUGCGUGCCCAAGGAGGAUGGCAUGGACGUUUAUCCUGCUACUCAAUGGAUAGACGCUGUCCAAAUGGCCAUUUCUGCGGUUCUUAAAAUUCCUGAACAUAGGAUUAAUGUCCAAGUCCGACGAUUAGGCGGUGCAUAUGGAGUAAAAAUCUCAAGAGGAAAUCAAGUUGCAGCCGCUUGUGCUGUUGCCGCUCACAAUUUAAAUCGUCCUGUAAGGAUGGUUUUAAAUUUAGAAGAUACCAUGGAUACCAUAGGGAAAAGAUAUGAUUGCGUAAACGAUUACGAGGUGGCUGUGGAUGAGAAAGGAGAAAUUCAAUACUUGACGAACAAUUUUUACCAAGAUUAUGGAAGCUCGCGUAAUGAAGGGGUUGUUGGAAGUACAAUGGAAAUGUUUGGAAAUUGUUACGACAAAAGUAAAUUUACAGUUAAUGGAUUCUCAGUUUUGUCUGAAAAGCCUUCUAACACGUGGUGUCGAGCUCCAGGUAGCACAGAAGGCAUCGCCAUGAUUGAAAACAUAAUGGAACAUAUUGCCCAUGUUUCUGGAGUGGAUCCUUUGGACGUAAGAAUUGCCAAUUUUCGGGACGAAAAUAAUCUUGUAAAAGAAUUAGUUGGAGAUUUUCGAAAAAAAACAGAGUAUGAUAGUCGAAAAGUUGCAAUAAAUGAAUUUAAUGAAAACAAUCGUUGGCGUAAACGAGGCAUAGCAAUAGUGCCGAUGUCCUACGCCCUGGACUACUUCGGCAAAUUUUCGGCUGCCGUCUGCAUUUAUCACGGUGAUGGUUCAGUGGCAGUUACUCAUGGUGGCAUCGAAUGUGGCCAGGGAAUUAACACAAAAGUUGCACAAGUUUGUGCUCACAUUUUAGGUGUGCCUUUAUCUCAAGUUUCUGUGAAACCAACCAACAACCUGAUCUGCCCCAAUGCAUUCACAACUGGAGGAUCAGUUACAAGCGAAGCCUGUUGUUUUGCCGUUAUGGAAGCUUGCAAAACACUAUUGGAACGUUUGAAACCUUUUCGAGAGAAACUCGGUGAAAAAGCUGCUUGGAGUGAUGUUGUCGAAAUGGCGCAUUUGCAAGAUGUAGAUUUACAGGCAACCCAUUCGUUUACUAAAGACUCAUCACCAUCUUAUGAAAUAGCUGGCUUAACUUGUUGUGAGGUAGAAAUUGAUUUAUUGACAGGAAAUCUCAUGAUUUUACGUGUCGAUUUACUAGAAGAUACCGGAGAAAGUUUAAGUCCCGAAAUCGAUGUCGGCCAGGUGGAAGGUGCUUUUGUUAUGGGUUUAGGUUAUUGGCUGAGCGAACAAAUUAUUUAUGAUAAGAAAUCAGGAGAAUUGAAAACUAAUCGUACAUGGACUUAUAAACCACCGGGCGUCAAGGAUAUUCCAGUUGAUUUUCGCAUAGAAUUCACAAGAAAUAAUAAAAAUCCGCUUGGCGUUUUAAGAUCUAAAGCAACCGGCGAGCCCGCUUUUUGUAUGAGCUUUGUGGUUGUGUGUGCAAUUCGACAUGCUUUGAAUUCUGCUAGAAAACAAUCCAAUGGAGGAAAACCUGCUGAGUGGUUUUCUUUGGGAGCACCUACUUCCCCUGAGCAAAUAUUUUUAAAUGCUCAUAUCGAUUAUAAGCAAUUUACCUUGUAAUGUAAAAUAUGAUACAAUUAUUUUAAAUCAUAGUUUUUAAGGGUGAGUAUAACGCUAGUUUAUAGUCAUAGUACAGUAUUAAAAACAAGUAUUUUAUAAAAAACUAAUUAUUAAAUUUUUAA